UUGUGACGUCACCAGGUGUUUUCAAGAUGGAGGCACCUGUCAGGCUCUGUUGUUUCCUGGUUUUGUUUUGUCAUUUCGUUGUCGUCCUAGGUAACAUCAAUGUUCAGGACCAGUAUGAGUGUGGCUCCUACCAGUACCCACGGGAGGUCCGUGUCACUGACCGAGAUGAAGAUAUCAUCUCCUCGCAAGCCCAGGAGUUUUAUGCCUCUGAUCGCAACUGUAUCCUGACGAUCAUUGGCAAGAAGAACUACCAAAUAGAGCUUGAGCUGAGGCAGAUUGACAUAGAUGGCCAUGCCUAUGCAACAGAGCAUUGUGGGGGAUUGUGCUGCCAGGACUUUCUGAAAAUCUUCAACAGCUAUCGUGUGGACAAUGCUCGCCUCUUGCCAGGGAUGUCUCAGUGGGGUCUUUGUGGAAAUGAUUUGCCCACCAAGGUGGUUUAUCAGACUACCCAGAACUACGUCACCCUCCAGUUCUGGUCAGACAGACGCAAUGACUACAAGACAGGCUUCUCCAUUCGGUUCAGACAGUAUCCCUGGAGGAACCCUGGCAAUCUCCUCCCAGAUGGAGGAGUAUAUGGUGGCUGGAACGAUGGAAGUCGGAGUGAGCUUCAGGUGGACUGGAGUGACCAGAGCCAGGUACCCGGAGAUUACUUGCCUGGGAGUCCUGGCAAUGACUAUGACAAAGACCAAGGAGGACUACAGUGCUACGAGUGCCAGGGCUGUGACCUGGAGUUCUUUGACCCAGAAAGGGAGGUUGCAUCAACCAAGGGAGGAUGCUAUGUCUGCUCCAAGACAUGGAAGGAUGACUUUGCCUCUGCCCAGAGAGUAUGUUACACUCAGCUCCAGUUCACCAACCUGUUACUCACACUUGUUGAUUCAUCAGUUGGUGGAGGAAAAGCUCAAGAGUUCCGCGGCUGCAAGCGCUUUAUGGAUGCCUAUGGAGUAUCUCUCAACUUCUGCAUCUGUGAUGACGAGGACCUGUGUAACAGUGCCGGACGUGUAUAUGUCAACAUACUGACCGUCUUGGCCCUGCUUCUGUCAGUGAUAGUGAAACUCUGAGGGGAAUCUCUCAUAAUCACAGCUAAAUUGGCUCCAUUAACAUUGAUGUAAAUACCAGUACAUGCUCUUACCAAGGAUGUGUAA